CCUCUCACCAGCUUUGUCGCACAAAAUUUUCUCGUUUUUCUUUUUCACCAAAUUCGUCAACUGUCAUUAACAUAAUUUUCUCUAUACUUACUACUUCUCUUUUUCGUGGCUGGAUCUUUUUCUGUCCCAUACAACAAUCCAGCACCAGUCCAGUCUGACACCGGGUCGUGUCUUGUCUCUCCCAUCUCCUACGUUCGACUGCAGUCGACCAACACGUGCAUUUGCCCAAAGUACUUCUUUUUGAAUCUCAAGUGACUCGCUUCAUAACCACAACAUAUUUAUAAAUACGUCACUUUGGUGCUACUUGUUGAAAAUCUUUUAAAAUCUCGAAUAUUUGGGCAUAAUUCAUUUCUACUUGUGAAAGGAUUUAGAUAGAGAUGGACUUAAAAGGCAACAAAAAACGCAAGAUAAGCAUUUCGAAAGAGAGGAAAAAAUUUCAGCCAUUGAAGAAAUGGAAAGUGACUAACACCAGACCAACCUUUGUGGAAGAUCGUGAUAUCAUCCGACGCUUGAACGGAAAUGGAGUAACACACAUCGUCGAGCACAUUUUCAGCUAUUUGGAUUACAAAAGUCUAUCGAACGCUGAGAGUGUGUCGUCUGAAUGGUGCGAAAUCUUGAAGAACGAAAGAAUUUGGAAAGCGUUAAUCAAGAGGAACAUCGUUGUAGAUCCAGUCUGGCGUGCAUUGUUCAUUAAAUUAAAAGAGCCAGUUGAAAGCACCCAACUUGUGGAAGGUGACGAUGUUUACAUGACACGGAAAGUGUGCCAAGAUAUUGGAAAAUUGCAUCAACAGUUUGUCGAUCUAAUGUCGUCAUCAGUUAGUUUACUGUCGUCUUCUGUCAAACUCCUUUCCAAGAUGUUGGACUUACUUAAAAUCGUUGGUAUUGGUUUCGCUGAUAAUUACGAAAGUGAUAGUUCUGAAGAAGACUAACUCAGUUCCUAAAAUUUGCGUUUUUUUUUGUUUUUUUAUAAUUUGUUCUGUUGUUCACAAAGAAACUCACGAAAUAAUGUUAAUAAAAAAAUGCUACAUGGUUA